AACAUUCAACCUCCAUAAAGCCCUUCUUAAUUCGGAGAGUUACUAUAUGGCGGAGUGGACAAGAUUAGCGGAAGGCAUGUGACACCAAAACAGAGAGACAGAAUUCGUCAUGUCCGAAUAGAAAGAAAAUGCAGCAGCACCUGAUGCAGAUGCAGCCAAUGGUUUCAGCUUAUUAUCCCAACAAUGUCACUACUGAUCAUAUUCAACAGUAUCUGGACGAGAACAAGUCGUUGAUCUUAAAGAUUGUUGAGAGCCAGAAUUCGGGGAAAUGGAGUGAAUGUGCUGAGAACCAAGCAAGGUUGCAACGAAAUCUAAUGUACUUGGCUGCAAUUGCGGAUUCUCAGCCCCAACCCCCUGCUGUGCACCCUCAGUUCCCUUCCAGCGAUAUUAUGCAGCCAGGAUCCGGACACUACAUGCAGCAUCAACAAACCCAACCGAUAACGCCGCAAUCACUUAUGGCCUCACGGUCCUCAAUGUUGUUCGCUCGGCAACCGUUUUCAGCCCUGCAACAACAACAACAACAAGCCUUGCAUGGUCAGGUUGGCAUUAGCUCUGGCGGAAGCACAGGCCUUAGCAUGCGACAAAGCGAAGCUAGCACUGGAGGUGGCAGCGGAGGGUUUCCGGAUUUCGCACAUGGCGGUGGCAGAGCAAUUACAGGUGGAAGCAAGCAAGAUAUUACGAGUGCUGGCGAGUCUGCUGAAGGCCGUGGUGGGAGCUCUGGAGUUCAGUAUGAUGAUGGAGGUCAAGCCCUUUACUUAAAAUGAUGGGAACUAAGAGGUAAGAUUAGUGAAUCCGAGAGUCUGUCGAAACAAAGACGAAACCAGUACAAUAUUUUGCAUGAGGAACUUGUUCCUAAUGCAAAAGAACAACUUAGGACUUGGCCAUGGAGCCUUUCACUGUGUUUUUUUUCUAGUAUGAGACACUGCAACUUAUGGGAAUUUCAAACUUUUUUUAUUUGCAAUAAAUAUAAAAAGUUCAAUUGAAA